GACCUCUGUUCUUCCCCAGGUCUGAGAGUAGCAGGCUGCAGGCUGAGUGCCAGCGUCUGGCUGGGGAGAGGAAGGAGACCAUGGCCCUGGCGGGGAAGGAUGUGUCUGAUGACCCGUCACUGACCCAGCUCCAGGCAGAGAGAACUCAGCUGCAGAGUCACCUGCAGCGCUGCCUCUAUGAGAUCCAGCAGAGAGAUCUGCACUGCCAGCAGCUCAACGCCAAGCUGCAGCAGGUGGUGGAGGAGAAAGGGGGGGUGUCGGCCCAGCUGAGGGCAGUGUCUCAGACGCUGAGAGACACCCAGAACCGCUGCUAUUGGCUGGAGAACCAGGCCCUGCCUAACCAGCACCACCAGGGCCUUGCAAAGCAGGGGGCGCUGUCUGUAGAAGUGGCUCCGGGAGCUCCCCAGGAGAGGAGCAGUGCUGUGGUAGACAUGGAAGCACUGGAGGCCGGCGAGCUCAGGACCAGGCUGGUGGAGGUGGAGCAGAGCGUGGUUCAGCUAAGUGACAGUCUGGCUGAAGAGAGGACCAGGAGAGAAGCAGCCGAGGAAGCUCUGGGACUGGCUGAGGACAGAGCCAAGAGGUGACACGCACACACACACUAAUGCAGGGUUGAGACAUGCUCUGGGACUGGCUGAGGACAGAGCCAAGAGGUGACAUGCACACACACACACACACACACUAAUGCAGGGUUGAGACAUGCUCUGGGACUGGCUGAGGACAGAGCCAAGAGGUGACACGCACACACACACACACACACACACACACACUAAUGCAGGGUUGAGACAUGCCUAGGGGAGAGGUCUGGUCUGAGAAGGAGGAUAAUAUGUAUUCUGUAGUACUGGGAUAGGUAAAGAUUUUACAUUUACAUUACAUUUAAGUCAUUUAGCAGACGCUCUUAUCCAGAGCGACUUACAAAUUGGUGCGUUCACCUUAAGACAGCGAGUUGCAGUAAUCCAGACGGGAGAUGACAAGUGCCUGGAUUAGGACCUGCGCUGCUUCCUGUGUGAGGCAGGGUCGUACUCUGCGGAUGUUGUAGAGCAUGA